AUGAAGUUCUCCGGUGUUAUUGCUCUAUCUCUCAUUGCCGUGGCCUCUGCCCAGAGCGAGGCUCCCUCCACGACUGUUGAGCUCUCCCCAGUUGCCAGCUGUGCCGCCCAAUGUCCUGACACGGAUCUCUGCUGCCAGGCAGCUUGCGCCGGCGUCCCAUGCCCUGACCACUCGGGUGCCAUCAAAACCAACGAAUGCUCUGCGAAAUGCGAACAGGGCGAUGGCAGCCCAGGUCAGACCGAAGCCUUUGCUCGUUGCCAGGCUGCCUGCGUCAAGAGCUUCUUCUUGACCUACAGCGCCGCCCCUGCUGCCACUCAGCCCGGCUCUCCUUCCAACAGCGCUGUUCCAACUGGCGACUCUACUGACGCCCCAACUCGCUCUGGCUCCGAGCCAACCGGCACCUCGACUCCCACUGGUGAUGCCUCCAGCACCACCACCCCGAACGCUGCUGCCCCCUUGUCCGGCUCCUCUGCUGCAACAUUCCUCGGCUUGGUCCUUGCCGCCUUUGCUCUCUAA